GUGCUGCAACUUUUGAUGAACCUCCAGGCCGGAAACGAGAAGGAAAACGGCUGGUAUCCUUUUGUGAAGGAGGAACUUUUGAAGGAAGUGCUGAACAUACGCGCGGACGGGUGCCGUGACGCUGAACAGCGAGAGGCUGAUGUGAUGAAAAAUGUUGAUAUCACGACGCCCGCUAGUGGUACUUCUAGACGAGGCGCUGCUGGUGGUCGAAGCAACGGAAUUUUCUUAUCCACGGAAAGAACCGAAAUCACCCAGAAACACAACGUCCCCACCCGCUUGCAUCAGCUCGUGAACAGACGAGAGAACAAGAAGUCGCACCUGAACGCGACCGGCGUCACCGUCCUGGCGCCGGAGCCUUCGCGCGAUUCCGCCACGGUAGUUCGGGAAAGCGGGUUUCGUGUCGCGAGGCUGUUUCUGAACGACUGCGGGUUUACGGAGGAUUUGUUCUUCAACGCGGGCCUUUUUCUCGACCCGGCCACCGAGCCCACCGCCGCGCUCGGGUCAUCUACCUGGUCCGGCCGGGGGCAGGCGUGGGAAAAAAUCUGGAACGGGGAUCCGAUCGUGCGCCGAUUGCGGCGGGAGCUGUGCCGACCGGGACACGCGCGAAACUCGCUUACUUGCUAC